AUGUCAAAUCGACCAAAGGGACCUCGCCAGCAUGUACAGCCGCCAUCGGGACCCUCGAGACAGAGACAGCAGGGAUACCGCGAACGUGACGAAUACAGGCCGAAUUAUAGAAACGGUCCACCAACUGGUCCUCGCAGUCAACAACAUUCUACUCCACCCCCACUACCAUCUGUAUCAGCAUCAGCAUCACAAACCAAGCCACCAAUUAGACCAUCGGGACCAGCUAGCCGAUCAUACCGAUCACUGAGUCCAAGUGUUGGUGUCAAACGUCCUCUUCCAUCUGGUCCAUCAAGUUUUAACAAGAGGCGUGAUUUUAGUAGCAAUAAGCGAGGCUAUGCUGGACGAAGCUCUUAUGUUCCUGGUGCAUCCAAAAAAGAAAUAGAACCUACAUUAACUCGUGAUCAAAUAUAUUCAAUAAAGGAGCUGCGGAGUAGUGCAAUAUAUGAACGGGUACAACAAGUUGGAGAAGGUACAUAUGGAAAAGUAUACAAGGCAAAAAAUUCUAUAACUAAUGAGUAUGUAGCAGUAAAGAAAUUGCGACUAGAAAGUGAACGUGAAGGGUUCCCUAUCACUGCCAUACGUGAAAUUAAACUAUUACAAUCAUUUGAUCACCCAAACAUUGUUGGAUUAUUGGAAAUGAUGGUUGAACAUAAUCAAAUUUACAUGGUUUUCGACUAUAUGGAUCAUGAUUUGACGGGGUUGCUUACACAUCCAGAAUUGCAAUUGCAAGAAAGUCAUCGCAAGUACAUAUUCAAACAGUUGAUGGAAGGGUUGAAUUAUCUUCAUGAAAAGAGGAUAAUUCAUCGAGAUAUUAAAGGGUCAAAUAUAUUAUUGGACAACUUGGGGAAUUUGAAAAUUGCUGAUUUCGGAUUAGCUAGAACAAUGAAGAUUUUAGGUGAGGGUGAGGUUGCUGAUUUUACCAAUAGAGUGAUUACAAUUUGGUAUCGCCCACCCGAAUUAUUGCUUGGUGCUACUGAUUACGGGCGCGAAGUGGAUAUAUGGGGAGUUGGGUGUCUAUUAAUUGAAUUGUAUGCUAAAAUAGCUGCUUUCAGAGGUAUGGAUGAAAUUAGUCAAUUGAGUAAAAUAUUCAAUAUAUUGGGGACACCUACAUUAGAAUCAUGGCCUCGAAUUGAUAAAUUACCCUGGUUUGAAAUGUUGAAACCAAAGAUCAACAUUGCUUCCAAGUUUGAUAAAAAGUACAGGGAUGUAAUGACGCCUGAAGCUUUUAAAUUGGCCGAGAAAUUAUUAGCAUUGAAUCCAAAUCAUAGACCAACGGCUCAUGAAGCAUUGGAAGAUGAAUAUUUCUCCAAGAAGCCACACCCUGAACCAUUAACGUUUUUAAAAGAUUUGAAAGGAGAAUGGCAUGAAUUUGAAACUAAAAAGAGAAGAAGAGAGGAAAGGAAAAGAAUAAAAGAAGAGGAAGAUGCUGAAUUGGCUGCUAGUAAAUUGAAAGGAAAUGGUAAGGAGACACGCACACGUGCUAAUAGUAUUGGUGAUACUGCUGAGAGUGUUGCACGUGAGACCGGUAGUGAAAAAGUGUCGCCAGAUCUUUACACUGGAGAAACAUCGGGAAAAACGUAA